AUGCAUGUAUAUAUUUGUCUAUAUUAUGGAUGACAAGAUUAACAUUACCUACAUAACUCUGUCUGGGUAUGUAGAUCUGAACAGAUACAGAUACUUUUACUUUUUCGUUGUACUCACUGUGUACAUCUUAACAGUCUGCAGCAAUGCUACUAUUCUGUAUCUCAUCUGGAUUCACAAAAACCUCCAUGAGCCGAUGUACAUCUUCAUCGCAGCUUUGCUGUUUAACGGUCUUCUUUACAGCACCAACAUUUACCCAAAGCUUUUGAUCGACUUCUUAUCUGAAAAACCCAUCAUAUCGUAUUCAGCUUGUCUUUUUCAAUUCUUCAUGUUUUAUUCUUUCGGCGGCUCAGAGUUCCUCCUGCUAGCAGCCAUGGCCUUCGACAGAUAUGUGGCCAUAUGUAAACCUCUGAGGUAUAGAAAUAUAAUGAAAAGAAGUACUGUCAGUGCUUUCCUGAUCAUAGCUUGGUUUGUGGCUGUUUUUUUUCCUAUAGUGCUAGCAGUGCUGAGCUAUCAAGCUAAAUUAUGUACAUUUAACUUGGAAGGAAUAUUUUGUAACAACACUAUUUAUGCCCUUCAGUGUGUGAGAUCAACAGCACUCACUGUGUUUGGGAUUGUUGCUUUUUCAAAUGUUGUAGUGCUUCCUAUGCUCUUCACUACCUUCACGUAUGCAAACAUAUUUAGAAUAUCUUACCGCAGCUCUAAGCAGUCCAGGAAAACAACAGUAGAGACCUGCGUGCCUCACCUGCUGGUUCUGACCAGCUACUUCUGUUUGAUGACGUACGAUGUAGUUAUAGCCCGAGUUCAGUCCGAUUUCCCCAGAAUUGCACGAUUCAUAAUGACGAUGCAGAUAUCCCUGUAUCACCCUUUGUUUAACCCGUUCAUUUAUGGUUUUAAAAUGAAGGAAAUUAAUAAACAUUUAAAGAAGCUCUUCUUCAGUGCCACCAAAAAAACAAGUCAGCAGUAAUUUAGCAACAUGUUUGCCUUCUAGUCAUUUUACUGUAUCUCAGUUCGGUGUUGAAAAUGUAAUUAUCAUAAUUUGGAUGUUCGUAGAUUCAUUUGAGCUGUGUUUACUGUCUCAGUGACUAAAUCAUCAAAAGUUUUGUUGAGUAGUCUAAUUGUUUCUGUGAUUAAAAUAGUUUUCAACACAGCAGCUAACAGAGUAAAUGUUUGGGUUUUCUGUCAGACUGUCAGUUAUGCAAACAGCAUCAAAAAUGCUACAUGUCAGAUCGGUUCUGAAAAUAACACCAGCAGAUUCACAUUCUGAACAUUAAAAAAAAUCUAAAUAGCCAAAGGAAAAGACUUGUUAGGUAAACUAUGUUCAUAUUUCAUAAUUGUUGGAUUUUUCCAAAAAGGGUUUUUAUUUCCGUAGCUGAAUUCACUAAUGAAACACAUUACAUAGUUUAAUUACACACAAAAAAUUAUCAAAAGUGUUUAUUACCAGCUUAAAGGUUGUUGU